AUCAUAAGAAUAUGUCAUAUUCUUGCCCGAGAUAUAGAGCUAAAUCGAUUUCAUCCUGUCAGUAGUUUAUGUCACCUAGCUGCCCACAGUGGGAUUGGCUUCUCUGGAGUCACCGGGAGUCCAUCACCAGCAGCACAUUUCCAGGCUGUCAGCCAACAAUUAGCACACUUUAAAGGGAUGCAGCUUUUCCUCAAGACACUACUGAAUGAUGUGAUGUGAGGAGAGCUUACCGCCGUCCACAAAAAAAAGAUAACUUCACUGCAUUCAUGCCUCACUUCUCUCGAUCCACAGCGGAACAUUCAAUUCUGCACAGCACACGGGCAGAGAUCCAAGGAGCUGUUCCCCACGUUUGGAACACUUCUUCCACGCCGCGGGAAGAAGAAACCGAGGGCCAUCCGAAGAUUUGCUGAUGGAUAUUGAUGAUUUUUCACUCAGGGGGACAAGUGGAUGCAAGAAGAUUCGCUCCUGGAUUAGGUUGCUCUGGCGGGACGUUAGUGAGGGGAGUGGUAGAGAGACCGGAGUGUAUCUGACUGUGGAUUAGCGGGAUUUUGUGCAGCGUGCCCGGACAUGGAAUAAACCGUGGCAGCCAGCAUGUCACCGCGGAGUGAAUGAGGCUUCUGUUGUACCGGGGGUGAGGCUGGGGGACCAAGCUCGAAGAUCGCAGAACAUCAUGUCUUCCCAGCAAACGCCAGGGUCCCCUCCCAGAAAAGGCACAAACUUACUGGAAAUCGGCACCUUUUGCCUGGACUCUGACAUUAUCUUUGGAUUCACCAGUCACCUUUUGAGGAGGAAACACAAGGUGCUGGAUGGGAGCCCGAGCAAGGAGACGGCGGUGUCCCCGGAGUGCGGCCUCAGGAAGAGGUUGCAGGCGGAGGAAGAUUACUGUGGCAGCCGACCCGCUCCGGAGGGAGCGGGAACCGUCUCCGGGACCGAGUCCUGUCCCUUCGAGAAGGAGGAAAAGGGAGCUUGGUGCAAGAACUGCCAAGUCAAGCUGGCGGAGCUCAGGAGACAAGCAAUGAAGCUCGUCGUCCCCGGGGCCACCAAGGACCCAGGAUUCUCAGCAUUUAUUUUUGACAAGCUUCAAGUGCCUGACACUUCAAAACGAGGUCGAAGUGAAAGUGAGAGCAGAUGUGAGAUUUGUGCAACACACCUGAAUCAACUGCGAAAGGAAGCCAUUCAGAUGGUCCAUAAUCUCGGCCAAGUAUCCAGUCAGGAUAUACCUGAACUACCGCACUGUUCCAAUGCAGUUUCUUCAAGCAAUGCUUCCCAAAAUGUUGUCACGCUUUCAUCACAAAGAGAUUGGCCCUUUGUCAAAGGACAAAUGAGCAGACAACCUGUAAAAUCGGGAAAUGUAAUAUCUGGUACAGAGAGACGGAAAGGACCUGGCUGGUCUCAGGGUGCAGGCAGCCUUUCAAAGUCCAGUGUUCAAGUAACUGUUGGUUCCAGUGGUCUUAGCAGUGCUUUGAACUCGGUCACCAUUCAGGCACAGCAAUACCUUGAGGGCAUGUGGAGUAUCUCCAGAGUCAACAACUUCCUUCCUCAUGCCUAUUUGGCACAAACAACAAUGACAGAGAGCGGAAAAGAAGGUUUAUCUCAAGAAACCAUCAUCCCGCAGAACAGCAGCAGUCAGACCUGGGUAGCAGGGACACCGGCCUCCCAGAAUUCAUUAUUGCCUGGAAGGAUUUCUUCUGGCACUUCAGCUGCAGCUUCUUUCUUCAUCAGAGCGGCACAGAAGCUGAAUCUCUCUUCAAAGCAAAAGAAAAGCCAUCCACUUCUCCAGCAUUCUCGUGAGCUUUCAAACUGCAGAACAAAUUUCAGUGGUAUUUUGCAAGUGUCCCCUCCCCCAGCACCACCAUGCCUUUUGAGGGCUGUAUGUAAAGUCAAGGACAACCCAGGCAUCGGAAAGGUGAAGGUAAUGGUACGGAUUUGUCCUUCCCAAGGAGCAAAUGAUACAUCAGAGUCAAUGUCUUUUCUGAAAGUAGACUCUCGCAAAAAACAAAUAACCCUUUACGACCCCUCAGUGAGUGGGCAUUUAAGUUCCACCCACAGGCGAACAGUUGUUGCUGCUCCAAAAAUGUUUGCAUUCGAUGCAGUUUUCACCCAAGAUGCCUCACAAGCUGAGGUCUGCUCAGGAACAGUGGCAGAAGUCAUUCAGUCUGUUGUGAAUGGUGCAGAUGGCUGCAUAUUCUGUUUUGGUCAUGUCAAGCUUGGAAAGACGUAUACUAUGAUUGGAAAGGAUAAUUCAAUGCAAAAUCUUGGUGUUAUUCCCUGUGCGAUAUCCUGGCUUUUUAAAUUAAUAAAUGAACGCAAGGAGAAAACUGGAACUCGAUUCUCGGUCAGGGUUUCUGCUGUGGAGAUCUGGGGCAAGGAUGAAAACCUUAGGGACUUGUUAUCUGAAGUGGCCACUGGCAGCCUCCAGGACGGCCAGUCUCCUGGUGUCUACCUCCGAGAGGAUCCAGUCUGUGGGACUCAGCUUCAGAAUCAAAACGAGCUGAGAGCCCCCACGGCAGAGAAAGCCGCCUACUUCCUUGAUGCUGCAAUUGCCUCCAGAAGGACCAGUAGGCCAGAUUGUGAUGAGGAGGAGAGAAGAAACUCCCAUAUGCUCUUUACACUUCAUAUUUACCAAUAUCGAAUGGAAAAGAGUGGCAAAGGAGGAAUGUCAGGAGGGCGCAGUCGUUUGCACCUGGUUGAUUUGGGAAGCUGUGAAAAGGUUCUCAGCAAGAGCCGGGAUGGUGGUGGUGGUCUUUGUCUGUCACUUUCAGCUCUGGGCAAUGUCAUUUUGGCAUUAGUCAAUGGUGCUAAACAUGUUCCAUACAAAGAUAGCAAGCUUACUAUGCUGUUGAGAGAAUCGCUGGGGAAUAUAAACUGUAGAACAACCAUGAUCACCCAUAUUUCUGACUCUCCUGUCAACUAUGCAGAAACCCUUACAAGCAUUCAGCUUGCAGCACGAAUUCAUCGAAUGAGAAAGAAAAAGUCCAAGUAUGCCUCGAGUUCUUCUGGAGGGGAGAGUUCUUGUGAAGAAGGUCGGAUUCGAAGACCACCUCACUUAAGGCCCUUUCAUGCAAGAACCACGGCUCUUGAUCCAGAUCUUCCUGUAUUAGGAAUAUCCAGUGAACCCGACUAUUCUUCAAGCAGUGAACAAUCAUGUGAUACAGUUAUUUAUGUUGGUCCCAAUGGUGCAGCACUGUCUGAUCGAGAAUUGACAGAUAACGAAGGCCCGCCAGAGUUUGUACCCAUAAUCCCUUCCCUCAGCAAGAGGUGUGAGCCCAAGAGGGGCAAGGAAGCUGCCAAUGUUGGUAAGAGGAGUGAAAGGGACUAUUUCAAAUGCAACACGUUUGCUGAAUUGCAAGAGAGAUUAGAGUGUAUUGAUGGAAGUGAGGAGCCCAUCAAAUUUUCUUGUGAACAAGGACUUUUCAUUUGCAGUAAUAGUGUAGGCCCUCCAAGGGUAGAGAAUAUGCAAUGUAUCUCAGUACAGGAAAUGACACAAUCUGUCAUGGCUUCAGAGAAAGUACCUUCUUCACAAAUGUAUGGAAAACAUUCUUUGGUCGAAGAAAUGUCCCCUAAAAAGGGGCAGAGUCUGGAGCCUUUGAUUCCUGCAAAGCAGCAUAGUGGAUCACCCAUGAGGAGUCCAUCUCACUCGUCUCACUCCUUAACAACUGAACAUUUAAAACCGCAAACCAAAGGUGAAGGAAGCAAACUGGAAUUAAGUGGUGAUAGUGAGGCAGAAGGAAUCAAGGAGACGAUCACAGCUUCCACCAGUGUGCCCAGAUCCAACUGCCCUAAGGUGCAAGAGCAGCCACAAGCCACACCAGGACCUGUGGUGAGGGAGAAAUUGUUUUUCAAUAGGAGACCUUUGCCAAGCCCUGCACCACCACCUCCCCAACUGAAAGACAGGCAAAGCGUUAGUUCAGAAUUCAACAGCAGUGGUGGGAUUAGAACUCCUCCAGUAGGAAUGAGCCAUCAGGGGGCAAAUAAACCUGAGUCCGCCAUAACUGGAAGGGAUGUGGCAGAUUACAGGAACGGAUAUAAACAAUCUGGUGCAUCAGACAUAAACUACUUACGAUCAGCAUUGCGGAGUGGUUGCAUUGACCGAGAUAUGUUGACUACCACUGUGACGUUGCAGCAGCCAGUGGAACUGAAUGGAGAAGAUGAGUUGGUAUUUACUGUUGUGGAGGAGCUGUCAUUUGAAGGUAUUUUGGAAAGUGGUCGACCAGCUAGCAUUAUUAGCUUUAAUAGCGAUUGUUCACUUCAGGCUCUGGCUUCGGGCUCACGGCCUGUCAGCAUUAUUAGUAGCAUCAAUGAUGACUUUGAAGCUUAUACCUCACCAGCAACCAAUGCUGGAGCAAAUAUAGACACUGCUGUGUCACUUACAGAUGAUUCUUUUUGCAACAGUAGCAGACGUUCAUCGAUUAGCUCCUGGCUCAGUGAAGUAAGUAUCUGUGCCAUAGAAAGUGACGGAGCACAGCCAUCUGACACUUUUGUCGUACAGUCUUGCUACAGUUAUGGUGAGAAGUCACUGGGGCCUUUUAACUUGGAUUCACCUGAUAUGCUGCAAGACAUGACUGUACCACUGACACUGGCUCAACAAAGCACCUUGAACGAUGGUGCAUUCUGUCCUUCUGAACUGGCUAAUGAAAUUACCAGCUCAAACAGACUUCUUUCCCACACCAACAAAGGUUCUAAUGCCUUAAAUUUAUCCAAAGUGAUGACUGGCACUAAUAAUUCAUCAGUAACUAAGACAAGCACCCCAGUCCAUCGUCCUGACCCGGCGAUUUCUGAAGAUGAUUCUGUUUGCUCCUCUAGUCUUCCCAGGAAAAUAAAGCCUACCUCAGCUGUGAGCCAUAGCAGUAGCACAGUACAUUGUAGAGAAACACAACAGCAAGAAAGUGAGCUUGAGGACCCUUGGUUACGUCGCACAAACAGCCAAUUAGAACCAAAAACAGAGGAUCAAGCACUCUCAGUGAAGCAGCCUCCCAAAUCUGGUACUAACAGUCAAAUAAAACAGCAAAUGAAAAUGGCCCAGAACACUGGGACCAUUCCUAGGCUGAACAAAUUUCAUACAACAGUUUCCUGUACACAGAGAGUUGUGUAUGGAUGUGAGAUGGCAAAUAAAUCGACAGUGGUUAAUUGUGCCACUAGUGUGAACGCCAGAAAAAAUGAAGUGCCAGCUAAAGUGGUGCAGGUCAAAAAAGGAAAUGCAAUGGUUGCAACAAUGCCAAUAAUGCACACCAGUGCCAAUGCUGGAGCUGUACCCAAAGACCAACGAGACACAAGCAGCUUAAAAUCAACAGCGAGUAGGAAAACAUCAGCAGCCAAGACAAGCAUGCUGCCAAGGCUCAAUGGGACACCGCCAGCACCCCCCGUCCGUAAGUCUAGUCUUGAACAAAAAAACAGAGCUAUGCCGCAAACUAGUGCCCAAAAAUGUACAAGUCCAGAGGCAGUCAAGGUAUCACCUGCCAAGUUAGAAGAUGAAAUGGAUCGAGCACUAAAUAUGGCUCCUUGUGCUGUUGAGGGUAACUGUAAUAGACCAACAAACAUUAAAUCUGAUCAGUUCUCUGUUAAAAAUAUUUCAGCUUCAAAAUCCAGAAUGCCUAAACCUGAAGCUGUGCAUCGCUGUGGGAGUCAGAUGUCACUCGAGAGAUGUGAUAGUCUAUCGUCAGUGGGAUCCAAGAACAGUGUGACCAAAGAAAGUGGUCACCCUGCCAACAGCAACAACAGCAGAACCGGACGAUCAGUACCGAGGCUUGGUGUGUCACCGUCAGCUCCAGCAAUGUCUACCCCACCUAUUCCUGUGGUCCCUGCACCAGUUAAAUCCAAUCAAACCAAAUGUGCUUCCAAUAACAAGGCUUUGGUUUCUGGAAAUAAGUGUCGGAGCCUCUCCACAAGUGGCGCAAAGGGGUUAAGCACAUCUGUUAAAUCAUUAACUCAGUCAAUGGGACGUAGUUCCAGUGUACCAUCGAAUGGAAAAACAAUACCUCGUUCAGCACAGGUAGCCAAUUGUAAACCUGGCAAAGGAACAAUCAUGGGAACAAAACAAGCAGUCAGGGCAGCUAACAGCCGUGUAUCUGAAUUAGCUUCUGCAGCCUCCUCCAGUAAAGUGAGCCAUUUGAGAGGAUCUGCUGAUUCUGAUAGUGGGAAUGACAGUGGGGUCAACCUGAGUGAUGAAAUAACACAGAUGCCAGUCUUGCCUUCUCCGUACAGUAAAAUAACUGCACCAAGACGGCCUCAGCGUUACAGCAGUGGGCAUGGUAGUGACAACAGCAGUGUACUUAGUGGAGAGCUACCUCCGGCCAUGGGAAGAACGGCUCUCUUUUAUCAUAGUGGUGGUAGCAGUGGCUAUGAGAGUAUGAUUCGUGACAGUGAGGCGACAGGGAGUGCGUCAUCUGCACAUGAUUCCAUGAGUGAAAGUGGGAUGUCUUCAUCUGGUCGCAACCGAAGCUCCAAGUCCCCCAAGAAGCGGACAGCAGUUUGCAAAUACCAGGAUGCUUUCUUUGGAACAGUCACCUCGGUACCAACAUGCAUUGAAAAGCUGGCUACACCACAACCUUGUCAGAAAAGAAUCUGUGACCUGAAAAGGCUUGUGAAAAAAAAUUGUUCAAAGGUUGAAAGGACAUUGCUGAGGUGCUAUGUUACUGAAGAAAUGGAAGAGUCACAAAGUUCUUUCUAGCAGGCAAACCAUCUACCUUGGAGUCCCAGAUAAUCUGAGGUGCAUUCUUUGAGCUGUCCACCAUUCAAUGCAAAAGGAUUUGAUUCUCUCUGACAACCUGGAUGAGAACCAGAGAACGAGGAAUCCACUACUGGAGAGGAAUCAUUGGGACACAAUUACAGCAUGCUGCUCAGAUGCUUUUCAAUGAAAAUGAAAAUUUGGUGCAGUUUAUGGAAGCUGAUUGAUAGCACUAAUUGAUAUUCCAGUGCUUCUAUGCUACUAUCUGAUUGAUAUUUCAGAUAAUCUAUGCUAUUAUCUGCGAGCAAACUUUGUUGGAAUAAUUCACCAGAUUUACAAUAUUACAACAGUGAUUGCAUUUCAAAAAUCCUUCAUUGGCUACACAGUGUUUUGAGAAGUUCUGAAAGGAAUAUGAAAGCUGCUAUAUAAAUGCAAAUCUUUCCUCCUUAAUUUAACUUUGAACAGUCCACCAUGAGCCUUAACUAGAAGGGUGCGUAUUAGAUAUUUGUGCAUUACUGGGUGUGAUUUCGCAGUCACUUAAUAAUAGGAAUUCAAGUUACAGGUUAUAAUUUGCAACCUUUGCUAUUGGAGUUAAGAGCUAUGGCCACCAGAAUGUACACUGAAUCUCCAAUAUACAUUCUGGUGGCCAAAGCUCUCAACUCCAAUGAGUUGCAAACUAUACUUAUAGGGAGUGGCAGUUGUCUGUUUUCAAUACCUAUAUCAUUGCAUUUGAUCUGAUAACCCCCAGGUCUACAUAGCUAUAGUCUGACUCUGAGGGGGGUGAAGACACUUUCCUCUUGUCGGAUCAUAUGCGUGGAUUCCCUGGAGCCACCUCGAGCAUAUAGAAGUCCCACACUGAAAACUAAGGGAGAAAUAAUGAACAAGAGGCAAACAUAAACUUUAAUUCAUUGCCUGGCACCUCAGGGCAGUGUAGAGGUGGAAUAUCUUUUCCUAGCACUUAUAAUAGACACAUUGAUGUUAGGACAAUUUGCCCCCUGUAAUGUGCUGGAUAAGUUAAAGGGAUAGUGAUAUUAUUAUUGAAUAAAGGCUGUAGCAAAGUGCUGUUGAAGCAGUAACACCCCACACCAUUUAGAGGGGAUUAAAUACACCAAGUAAUUCUUAACAAGAUGCUAUUUACUUAUUGAACAUGCUUGUUAUUGCAAUCAGUAUUGAGCAAGUAACCCCAGUUAGAAGUGAUUGAGUGUACAGGGAGUUACAAUUUAAUGAAGUGUGACCAUCUGAGUAAAAACCUGUUACUGCCCAAACUACAUGAAUGUUGGCAGCGGUAAUUCUGGGAAACUAACUUCAUGGAAAUGAUGAAUUAGUUAGCAAUCUUUGGCUGAUUUAAAUGGUUACUGGCUUUAAACAGGACCGGAUGAAUUCGAGGGGAGGUAGGCUGUUUUCAACUGUUGAGUGUGAUCUGAUAACCCCUGCUCUACAGAGCUGUAGUUCACCUGGCAAAUAUUGUGUAGUUUGGUUAAAUAGAGAUAACAGAGUAGUUGAAUUCCCACAUUAAUCUAAUGCUAUAAUAUCAGCAGCAUUCCUCCAUGUUGCACUGAGUAUACUGAGCCACUCAGUAUUUGAAGAAAACAGAAAACCUUUCCAAGGGACCAAGAUUCAUUAAAUGGUAGAAAAUCUGCAAUGGACCCGUCAUUCAAAAACUGUCUAGCAAAUUUUAUUUACUUGUAAAAUGCAAAAGAGCAGUUAUGUGCUAGUUGUUUCAGAUAAAACUUAAUUGUCAACAUUGUUUAGUUAUUCAAAUAUUUUUGCACAGAACUGCAAAGUACUGGUAGAAAUUGCACUUACAAUAUAUUUGCAAUGUGUU